CUUUCUCUUCUAAACUUCGACGGAUCAUAAUUUUUGAUCCGUAACUCCGAUUUAAGAUCAGCGAAAAGCUACGGAUUCAUCUUGAUGUCAUCUUUCUAUCCAUAGAGGUUUGAGUUAGAUCCAAUGGUCAUUUCUAGAAGGCUCGGUUAACGAUAGGUAUUCUAGGAGGCAAUUCGUAUUGUCAAGCUAUAAGAAAAUGUCGAUCCCGCCGAAUUCACCAUGGAGAGGAUGUGCAGCAAACUACCCUCAACCUGUCAAUGAAGUUGUCGAGCUUGCAGCUCAGUCUUUGGUAGAAACUGUUUAUUACUUUAAUUGCCGUAUUGCAGAUUCCCCGCUGGCUGACAUCGAGUAUAGAAGCAGUAGUGGAGAAGAAGACAUACUCCGCCAUGUGUUCCGCUGGGAUCUUACCCCCUAUCAUGAGGUGUUUCAGAAUGGCUUCGAAGUGAGGCGCCAAGAAAACACUACCAACCAAGUCUACUACAAUCUGGAACAUUACGUCCAUCAUGGCGGUAGGCCUCUUGAUUCCCGCCGACCCGCCACCCACGCCUUUGUUAGCACCACCCUUAACAGCGGUUGGCAUCCCACCGUCACCAAGACUGUGGAGGAAGUAUAUCGCUAUGAGAUAUAUGCUCCCGGUGGCAUUUGGGUUGCUGAGACUCUUGGUGACAGUUACCAGUACCCGGCCCAAGAUGAGGUUUGCUUUGUUGCUGGAGUUGCCCCACAAUACAUUCGCUCUGUCCAACAUUUCAGGCUUGUUCGUAAUGGAAGAUACACAAGACGGGAGAGACUUGAUCAUCAAAUCAUACUGAAUGGGAACUACAAUCCACAAUCGCAUCCAUACCGGCAGCUCAACAUUCGGAGGCCAGUAUUUUACUACGUGGAUGAAAAUGGUACGAGGCAGCUUCUGAACUGUAGCACUUGGGAAGCCCCUGCAAUCUCCAAUCGAGAGAAACGAUCAGCCGAUAACUCUGACACCACCGACUGUGAGAGCUACAUAGAUGCUGGAUUCCGUUCAUCAGAGGACGAUCAAGCCUAUCUAUUCAUGAACAAUGAGUAUGUGCUAAUGAACUAUGCUCCGGGCAGCACAAACAACAAGGUAUUGAACGGACCGCUUCUUAUCUGCUAUGGGUUUCCAUCCCUCUCGGGCACAACCUUUGCAGAACAUGGUAUAGACUGUGCUUUCGGGUCUCAUGAUCGAGAUGAAGCCUUUAUCUUCUCUGUGAAUCUUUGUGCACACAUUAACUUCGCACCAGGCACCACAAAUAACAAGAUAAUCAAAGGCCCCAUGACCAUCAGUGCCAUGUUCCCCUUCUUCAAAUUGACUGUGUUUUCAACCGGCAUAGAUGCUGCGUUUGAGGCAACAACAAAAUAUGAAGCUUACCUCUUCAAAGACAACCAGUAUGCUCUUAUAAACUACCGUUCUGGUAGUGCCCACCUCAUCCACCGCCAGCUCAUCACUGACGGCUUUCGUGGUUUGAGAAACACCAUCUUUGCAAGUGGAAUCGAGGCAGCAUUUGCUUCGCACAGGACUAAUGAGGCAUACCUAUUCAAAGGAGAUUCCUACGCACUCAUCAACUUUGCUCCUGCCACCACUAAUGACUACAUCAUUGGUGGCAUCAAGAAGAUCCUUCCCAAUUGGCCUUCUCUGCAACCGAUCUUGCCUCGCAAAAAUCGUGGACUUGACGUUCACAACCCAUCUAGCCCUGGUGUUGAUGAUGCUGGCCGUGACCAAGAUCAUGAUGAACUCUAAGACUUUAGCCUCAUAUUUACGUGCCAAACCGAGUGUGCCUACAUGAAUAAGGCCUCUGUUGUGUCUUCAGCCUUUCUGUAUUCUAAAUAUUAAUAAAGUCAUGAGACUAUUUACCG